AUACACACACACAAAAAUGAUAUCAAAAGUGACAAAACUGAUUUUUUGGCCAACAGCAAAAUUAAUCAAUUUCAAUUCGCUUUUUUCGGAGUUUCGCACUUUUUUGGGAGGUAUAAAAAGCAGUGCACGCCGGGCAGUAAAUCAUUCCACAGCUUCUCUGUCUUCGACACAGUUAACGGAUACCCCCACUUAACCCACUCCAAGCCACCCAAAUUUAGAGCCAUGGCCUUCAAGUUCUUCGCUGUUCUUGCCCUCGUGGCUGCCGUUAGUGCUGGUGUUGUGCCCGUCCAGCAGGUGUAUCAUGCCGCCCCAGCCCCUGCUGUGGCCUAUGCCCAUGCUCCUGUGGCCGUGGCCCAUGCCCAGCCCGUGCUGGCCAAGCACGACGAUGAGUACGAUCCCCAUCCCCAGUACAAGUUCGCCUACGAUGUGCAGGACGCCCUCUCCGGUGACUCCAAGAGCCAGGUGGAGGAGCGCGACGGUGAUGUGGUCCAUGGCGAGUACUCGCUCAACGACUCCGAUGGCUACCGUCGCAUUGUCCAGUACACCUCGGAUCCCAUCAACGGAUUCAAUGCCGUCGUCAACCGCGUGCCCCUGGAGCAUGUCAAGACUGUGGUGAAGUCAGUGGCUCCUGUGGCCGUUGCCGCUGCCUACCAUCACUAAGGCUUAUGGCUCUCAUUCCUCUCCUCUCAUUCCCUUAACGAAAUGUUUUAGAUGAAUAAAUUGUUGAAUAUUUGUAA